AUGCCGAGCUCAAAGGCUGUAAAAUUUGCCAAUAAGGCUUCUUCAACUCGUCUUGCGAACGUCAUCAGUUCAACAUAUGACCUACCUGCAUUGCCAUGCACUGUUGUGGUUUGCCACUCUAAUGAAUUAAAGAAGAGCGAAUGCAGCGCAAUCUGGGACAUAUUCGAAGUGAAUAUGCGAGAACUGUAUACGCCAUCGUCUUUUGGAUGGAAUCCGGAAUCCAAGCGGAAAGAGUUGUUUCAUUCGUUGUCACGUUUCCUCCUCGUAUACAAGACUGGAGAUUCCAACAUUCUGGCGUUCGUCAUGUUUCGUUUCGAGACUGACUACGACGAAGAUAUCAUCUAUUGCUAUGACAUCCAUGUAUCAUCUGCUGCCCAAGGUCUGGGACUAGGAAAGAAAUUGCUUGGCGAACUGGUAAAAUUAUGUGGAGAAUAUCAAAUGGAAAGGAUAUUCCUCACAGUUCUGAAAGCGAAUCAAAGGGCGGCCAAGCUGUAUAAAUCCAUUGGAUUUACUCUUGAUCCUACCUCGCCUGGUUAUGUGGAGGAGGGUGGAAGCAUGGAGGACGUGGAGGACAUGGAUUACGAAAUUCUAUCUAAACCAAUAUAA